ACUCCUCGCCGUGUGAGACUGGAGGGGGGAGGGAAAGUACAGGGGCUGUGGUGGCGGGAGUUGUAGGCACAUGCCGUUUGCGGUGUUUGGCGACCAGGCGUCGUGCUUUCAUCAUGGUCCGGACAAGGAACUGGUAUGGGAGUGUGCAAGGGUAGCCACCAUGGCGGCGCUCUCGGCUGCGACAGGGCUGAUCACUUUGGUUGUUCUCGCCUUCAAGGCAGCAAGAAGAACGCUCUGGCAACGACAAGGUCGCUCUCAGUUGCAUCAACUCAUUCUGCUUGGCUUGGCUGAAGUCGUCUGCUCUCUCGCCGCCAUCAGAUACUCGUACUCCUUCUCACGGGUCGUCAACCGAAGGCUGGACAACGUUCUGGCCUACGCCAUGAUUCUCAUCCCCUUCUUUGUCACAUACUUUUAUCUCAAGUUCUUUGCUACCGUGUACAAGGCCCGUCGCUCGCUCUUGCGCCUGCUCAAUCCCGUUGCCGCUGCCAUCUGGACCGCCAUCACGAUCGUCUUGGCCCUCUCGCAGACUUCGGUCUUUCACCACGCCGCUGCCUGCGAGACCUACCCGUGGCUUAUCAACUCGGUUGUUGCCUUUGCGCUCUGCUUCACCUUUUUCCUCUUCUCGCUUCCGGUCUUCCGUGCUCUCAACCGCAUGGAGGCUGCCGCUGUCCGCAAGGCCGUUGCCGCGUGGCAUCGCCGGGCGCAGCAGGGUGGGGACAGCGCGCUGGCUGUGCCGACCUCGCGGCAGUCGAUCAACAACGCCGAGGCCGGCGAUUUUGUGGCUUCUUCCGUUGGAGAGGGUGGGCCGGCGGCUCCGCUGCUUCCCGGUCGACGCAUCAGCCGCAGCCCGUACUCGACAGUCUCGUCCGAGGCCUCGCCGCGAUCGCGGCCGCUGACCCGCACCGAUCUGCCGCCGCACAUUGCUGCCGCAGCGGCGCUGAUCCGCAAGAAGAAGAUCAAGCUCUUCUCGCUCAUUGUCAUCUAUCUCUCGGCAAGUACCGUGACUCUCUCUUGGUCGAUCUACGCCAUGGAGACCGUUGUCGCCUCGCCUACUCACCCGGUCUGCCACCACGCGUCGACCCACCAGGCCUUCUUUCUUAUCUACGUCCCCAUUCACAUCGUCUCACUCCUGGUCCCGGUCUGGGCUGUCCUGUACCAGUUUGCAGACUCGUCGGCUCCGCCGCCGGCCGUCCGCACCGCCCGCGCCGGCACUGCUUCGCCGGCGACGGGGAAUCUGUCGGCCGUCGGUCCGUCCGCCGGCGACUCGAACGCUGCCCGCCCGCGGCCGCACCCCGCAAGCCUCUCGCACAUCAAGGUUGUCGUUCGCCCACUCACGGCGUAG